CGUCGCUGGGCCAAUCGCGUGCGCCUGCUGUGAGCCGCAGCGUCGGCUCAAGACCCGCCACCCGCAGAGUCCCCAUCUGAGCCGUGAUCCUGUCUUGGCGCGCUCUCCAGCCCAACUUAGUCGAAGCCGCUUUCCUGAAUCUGAGUUCAGAUCCCAGCAUGCCUUCAGGGACAUCCCAGUGCGAAGAUGGCUCAGCCGUGUGCCCCCAGCAUCUGGACGUGCACUCAGGGAAAGGGCACCCAGAGAAGGGCCCUUCAGGGGACAGUGAGCGCGUAUGGAUUCGACCUGAUACCCCAAGCAAAUGUACCUGGCAGCUGGGCAGGCCCAUGACAGACUCGCCACAUUACCACACAGCGCUGACAGAAUCUCCAAAAAUUUUGCCAGAUAUUCUGUGGAAGAUUGGGGACACCCCCAUGGUCAGAAUCAACAAGAUCUCGAAGAAUGCAGGACUCAAGUGCGAGUUGUUGGCCAAGUGUGAAUUCUUCAAUGCGGGUGGGAGCGUGAAGGACCGCAUUAGCCUUCGGAUGAUUGAGGAUGCUGAGCGAGCUGGGACCUUGAAGCCUGGGGACACAAUCAUUGAGCCGACUUCUGGGAACACAGGGAUCGGGCUGGCUCUGGCAGCUGCUGUGAGGGGCUAUCGCUGCAUUAUCGUGAUGCCAGAGAAGAUGAGUAUGGAGAAGGUGGAUGUGCUGCGGGCUCUGGGAGCUGAGAUCGUGAGGACACCCACCAACGCCAGGUUCGAUUCCCCCGAGUCUCAUGUGGGAGUGGCCUGGCGACUGAAGAACGAAAUCCCCAAUUCUCACAUUCUGGACCAGUACCGCAAUGCCAGCAACCCAUUGGCGCACUACGAUGACACGGCCGAGGAGAUCCUGCAGCAGUGUGACGGGAAGCUGGACAUGCUGGUGGCUUCAGCGGGCACGGGUGGCACCAUCACAGGUAUCGCCAGGAAGCUGAAGGAGAAGUGCCCUGGCUGUAAAAUCAUUGGUGUAGAUCCUGAAGGGUCCAUCCUUGCGGAGCCUGAGGAGCUGAACCAGACAGAGCAAACAGCCUACGAGGUGGAAGGGAUCGGCUAUGACUUCAUCCCCACAGUCCUGGACAGGGCGGUGGUGGAUAAGUGGUUCAAGAGCAAUGACGAGGAGUCCUUCGCCUUUGCCCGCAUGCUCAUCGCCCAGGAAGGACUGCUGUGUGGUGGAAGUUCAGGCAGUGCCAUGGCUGUGGCCGUGAAGGCCGCCCAGGAGUUGCAGGAAGGACAGCGCUGUGUGGUCAUCCUGCCUGACUCUGUGCGGAACUACAUGUCCAAGUUCCUGAGUGACAAGUGGAUGCUACAGAAGGGUUUCAUGAAGGAGGAGCUCUCAGUGAAGAGGCCCUGGUGGUGGCAUCUGCGUGUUCAAGAGCUGAGCCUGUCAGCACCGCUGACUGUGUUACCCACCGUCACCUGUGAACACACCAUCACCAUCCUCCGGGAGAAAGGCUUCGACCAGGCGCCCGUGGUCGACAAGUCAGGGGCCAUCCUAGGGAUGGUGACUCUUGGCAACAUGCUGUCAUCCCUGCUUGCUGGGAAGGUGCAGCCAUCAGAUGAAGUCUGCAAAGUCCUCUACAAGCAGUUCAAACCGAUCCACCUGACUGACACACUGGGCAUGCUCUCCCACAUCCUGGAGAUGGACCACUUCGCCCUGGUGCUCCAUGAGCAGAUCCAAUCACGAGACCAGGCCUGGUCAGGAGUGGUGGGGGGGCCCACAGACCACAGCAGUGGCCUGUCGAGCGAGCGGCAGAUGGUGUUCGGGGUUGUCACUGCCAUUGACCUGCUAAACUUCGUGGCAGCCCGUGAGCAGAACCGGAAAUAGAGCCGGGAAGUCGGGACCGGCUUCCACCCUCCCUGCUGGGGCUUUCAGAGACACCUACCCGUUUCCAUGCCCAAGUCCAGCAGGUGGCACCAACAGGUGGCUAUUUAGACCAGCCGCGGAGGCCCAGCCUUCCUCCUAACACUCAGCUUCCUAAAUGACUCCUGAGCCUGAGUAGCUUACAUGGGUGUCCUCUGGUGUCACAGGGAUGUCAGCCAGGGAAGAUAGACACAGAGUACAAUUGCAACAAGACUGAGGGUUCCAGAAAGUGUCCUCCCUAGAGGAGACUCCAGCAUGGGGAUGGGCAAACCCUGGACCCACUUGGUGCUCAUCAUCGGGGGCAGUGCUGUCCCCGGCAUGGGAGCAUGUGGGUUUUAAUGAAGGUGCAGUUCCUGUGACCUGAGACCCAUGGCUGUGAAUUGAGUGUCUGCACAGUGGUACCACUUGGGUCAUUCAUGUCCCACGUUCCCCCCUACCAUCCCCCCCCAUCAAGCAGCUCUUCCUCACCUUCCCUUGCUUCCCUGACAAGCACUUACCCACUUUCUGUCUCAAUGGGUUUCCCUGCUCUGGACACUUCCUAUUAAAUGGAAUCACACACA